AGAGUUCCUCCACAUUCUCCUAUUUUCCUUACUUUACUUUAUCUUCCAAAUAUUCAUGUUUUGAGUUAGGUGACUUUAUAGAUAGUGCAGAUUCAUAUAUUGUAAUUAUAAAAUUAUAGUAUCUUGGGGGCGACAUGUUAUAUAUAUCUCUAUUGCACCUGUUGAUCAACUCUCAGUAGAGGCGUGAAUGGUUUUAAAAUAAAUAAGUUUUUCACGUUUAUUUCAAUGAUAUUUUCUCAUCAAUAUUUCUUGAUAAAUUCACUAAUUAUUAUUUUAUUUGAUCUUGUGAUCGAGGCACAUGAUGUCAAGAUGGAGGAGAGGGUUCGAGGAACAACAUACUUUGUCUGAAAGGCUAUUUUCUAAUUGCCCUGUUUUUGAGGAUUUGCUUAUGAACAAAUUAUAAGCGAGAGGAUGACAACGGCAAAUUAUGCGUUUCUAGUUCUUCACUCAAGAGGCUGACAAUAAAAUCCACAUGCUUUGGGUUCCAUAACAUUUUUGAGAUUGUGAUUAAUGCCCCAAAUCUUGUCUAGAUACGAUCCUUGUGAAGCAAACUCUCUUGUAUUUGAAAUUGUGCAGUCUCUUGCUGAAGCCAGUAUGUAUUUCGACAAACAUUUGGAGGAUUAGAUUUACCUUCAAACUGCAAGUGAUCUGAUGAGAGGGAUAGUCAACAUCAAGACACUUCAUCUAUCUUCCGAUACUCUAUAUUAUUUUAAAGAGACCAGUGUUCCAAUCCCUUCAUUCCAUGAUUUGACAAAUCUGAGAAUUUCGUAUCGUGAAUCUUUUGGCUUGGCAGGACUAGCUAUUGGAUUUUCUUGCAAGAUGUUAUUCUCUAGAAAUACUUGUUUUGGACUUGCGCACAGAUUAUGAUCCAGAUUGAAGAACCAUUUAAGUGGAAUCCUGAUCACUGGUAUGUGCUCCAGGAUUAUUAUGGAGUCAGUUAUUUAUUGAUUAACCUCAAUACAAUUGAAGUUUUAUCAGUUACACCUGGGGUGAAGAUCAAAUAGAAAUGGUUUUGUAUUUUCUUGAACGUGCAAGAGUUUUGGAGAACUUGAAAAUUCAAAUUCACGCAAAUGAGGAAGAACUGGUUAUGAUAGCAGAAGAGUUAUUGAUGCUACCAAGAGUCUCAGAAAAAUGCAGAGUCAUUAUGGUUUAGGUAUCUUUGUCUCUUUCUGUAUAAUUAAUUUUUUGAAAGGGCCAGAGAAAAGAGAAUUUACUGUUUUCUGAAAAUUCUCACCUCUCCUACUUUCCUUAUCCUCCACCUAAACCUUGAUAGAAACCCCAAAAUACAAUUGCACAUUGCGU